CUCACAUCUCUGUCUCAGGGUAAGAAGAGAAGGGUUAUAACAUAGCUGGAUAUACUUGAAAAAUGGGAUACAAUGACCUUAAAUACGUAAGACCUAAAUAGAUCUGUGCAAUGGUGAAUACUUCUGGAAUUGAGAGCAAAAUGGGUUCAAAAAGCUAAGGAGAAAACUGAAUAUGAAAUCAGUAAAAAUAACGCUAUGGAUGGUAACGAUUUGUUUGUGUUUCUUCAUACUUAUAGUGUACCACUUUUAUCAUUUUUCAUUUGCACGAAAUUAUCACAAAUUAAAUGAUAUUUCAAUUUUACAACAACCAUCGAGUACGAAACGGAAUUUCGAUACACCCAUGAGGCACAUACCAUUAAACGAGAUUUACAAAGACAUUUCCGACAAUGACCAGGAUUCUCUUGAAUUCGAAGAGACAAAACAAGUUAAGAUGAUAGACACACCAGGCUGCCGUAUCCCGGUCGCAAUGGUAAAUUAUUCAUCGGUAAAAAAAUGGAAGAGAGGAUCGUGUGGAAAUCGAGCUGUUUAUUUGAAAAGAGUUGAAGGCUCUAAAAUAAGAGUGUCGAUUAAGGAAAAAAAUAUGAGAAAAUAUUUAAAAAGAACAUCCAAAUACAAGUGUUGCUAUAGAUUCUUUCAAAGAUCGACAAAACCGCGCUUUGAGCACAGGAAGCUCCGAUAUACAGAAUGUAAAGAUAUAAAGGACAGCGAAAUAUUUUUACUAGAGAGUGAUUUUAUAAAUGUUCAGUGCUUCGAAAUUAAUGCCUAUAAUAAAUCACAUCUCAUUUAUCAAGACGUAUACGCGUUCUGCAGAAAAAUAAAUACGACAAACAUAAUUAAAACGACGAAACACAACAGGAAAUAUAACGUGCUAAUAUUAGGAAUGGAUUCAAUGUCUUUGUCUCGUUUUGUUCAAACAAUGACUCGAACUGUCACAUUUUUAAAAAACAAUGUCUGGCCAGGCUUUAGGGGAUACCAUAAGGUGGGUGAUAACACGUUUCCGAACUUGAUGGCAGCUUUAACAGGUCGAAACUUGUCGAAUAUCAUCAACAAAUGUUCAAAGAAGAUGGACAAGUGCAAUGAUUUACUUAUUUGGAGCAUUUUCAAGAAAUCUGGUUACGUGACAGCUUACGGUGAAGAUUAUUUGCAAUUGCCUGAUAUUUUCAGUAGGGACUAUUUAUUUCGCGGGUCACCCACCGAUCACUAUAUGCGACCGUUUUUUCUCAACGGGGAAUACGAAAAAAAUAAUCAUUCCUUGUUGUGUUCUGGAAAAGUAUCGUCUGGUCAGCAGCUACUAGAUUAUGCAUACGACUUCGUUUUAACUUACAGGGAAAGACCUUUCUUUGGAUUUUUCUGGAUGAACUCCUUUAGUCAUAAUAUAAACAACCAUCCACAGGAUGUAGACCAACUUUUAGAAGAUUUUUUAAAUCGUCUUACUUAUACGGGUGCGUUAGAAACGACAUUUAUAAUAUUUCUAAGCGACCACGGCAUUCGUUUUGGUGAACAUCGACUCACAGUAGAAUCAUACUAUGACGAUCGUUUGCCUUUUUUAUUUUUAUGGAUACCAGAAUUGUUUAAAUAUUAUUAUCCCCAUAAGGUUAAAGCUGUUUUAAUAAACCAGUUUCGAUUGGUAACGCCCUACGAUUUAUUUGACACUCUAUAUGAAAUAAGUGAAUUAUCUAAUGUAACUGAAUCGGAGAGAUACGACUAUUCUGCUAGACAUCAAAGUAUAUUCAGUAUUAUAAGUGCAAAUCGCACUUGCCAGGACGUUGGCAUUCAUGAUAAGUGGUGUAGUUGUCACAAAUUGUAUCCCCUUGACGUUGAAGAUACGGAAGGAAUUAAGAGCGUGUACUUCGUAGUAGCACGUAUAAAAAGUAAAAUAAAAAAUAUUAAAACAAAACAAUGUUGGACUUGUAUGAAUCUUGGCCUGCAAAAUACGAGCCGAAUACAUUUCUAUUUUGAUGAUAAAAAGGUAAACUUAUAUUAUGUAGUGGCUUUUUCUAUGAGACCACGAAAUAUUUUCUAUGAAGCUAUCGUUUCACGACAAAAUACGAAUAUGAGUGUUGUAGGUUCCAUUAAUAUUAUAUCGCCAUAUAAAGGUUUUGGUGAUUGCGCAAUUAACCACGAAGACAGAAUUUUCUGUGUGUGCCAAAAAAUAUUUGACUGUCGAAUAAAAUCAAUGCUAUAAGUAUUUUUCUACUUUAA